UUGGGCAUGGAAGGCCACACCGACAGCGGCGGCCUCACGUUUGUGCUCCAGGAUGGAGUCGGGGGAUUGCAGCUGAAGCAAGGCGAGGAUUGGUACAACGUGAAGCCACUCGAGGGAAUGCUGGUGGUCAACAUGGGCGAUCAGCUAGAGAAGCUGAGCAAUGGGAGGUACAAGAGCAUAUUGCACAGGGUGAUGGUGAACUCGAAGAGUUCGAGGCUGUCCGUCGGGGCGUUCCUGGGGCCGUCACUGGAUGCGGAGAUCAGCCCCAUUCCAGAGCUGGUGAGCCAGGAGAGUCCGGCAAAGUACCGCAGCAGGACUUACAGGGACUACAUGCCCACCAAGCUCUCGUAUUUCGACAAUAUGCGGCAGCUCCAAGCAACAGCCAAGGUGCUCUCCAUCACAAAGGAUUCUGAGCGAGUAGCCAUUGUUUCGGAUCGGACAAUCUUGUAUCCUCAAGGAGGUGGACAGCCCGGGGACAGAGGCUCCAUUUCGAGCUUGAAUGGAGACACUACAUUCCAAGUUCAGGACACAAGGAUGAAGAAUGGAGUUGUCUAUCACUAUGGUGUCUUUGAGCCAUCAGACUCUACUUUCGAAGCUGGCCAGGAAGUCAGCCUGAGAGUUGAGUCGCAACGCAGGGAAUUACACUCAAGGUUGCACACCGCGGGGCACUUGAUAGAUGUAUGCAUGAAACUUGUGGGACGGACUUUGGAGCCGGCAAAAGGAAACCAUUCUCCAGAGGGAGCUUUUGUCGAGUACAUAGGAGCAAUUCCGAGCGGUGAGAUAGAGUCGACUCGUGUUGCCCUGCAGAAAGAAAUUGAUCGUUUGAUAGCAAGUGGUGCUUCGGUAAAUGCAUCUGUGCUACCUUAUGACGAGGCUGCUGGCUUGUGCGGCGGGAGCCUUCCCGAUUACAUAUCCAAGGAUAGCAGUCCCAGAAUCGUGAGGAUCGGAGAUCACACGGGAUGCCCCUGCGGUGGCACUCAUGUCGACGAUGUUAGCUCACUCACGGGCUUGAAAGUGACGCAGAUCAGAGUGAAAAAAGGAGUGACAAAAGUUAGCUACACGCUGAAAUGAUCAGAAGCAACCGGCAAGAUGUUUCGGAGAUAUUUGAAUCGUGUUACAAUUUCUCUAUGAUUCUCGAGAGCUUCGCCCUUGAUCAAUAUCUCCUCCGGGUUUCAGGUCUUGCUGAAAACCGCAGAGAUAUUUCUCUCAGUUCGCUAUUGAUGCUCACAAAAUCAGAUUUUAAGUACUUUUGCUGAUAGAUGGCAUUGUGAUUCA